AUGCUCUCAGCGGGAAUCGACUGGACGUGUUUUACCUGGAGAGGUUCCAGCGAGGAUAGCCGUGGAGAAGAAAAUCUCGCUCCUAAACAGAUAUUCGGACCCCUUCCGCCGGCCAACUUGAACUCAUUGUCAAGCGUCUCAAAUGCGUCUCAGCAAGAACUGCCGGCAACCCUUGAUGCAGCCGGGCUACGGAAUGGCGAUGCGGAUCACUCUUUUUCAGUACCAAAUUUACGGCGCCGCCUCACAGAGAGCAGACAGGAUGCUCGCUCCGCAAUAGGGCAGAGGCCACGACGAGGCGAGAGAGCGCCGUCCUCGAAGGAUGGACGGGCUCGGCCAACAGGCACGGUUCUCGGGCCGGUUCGUCCAGCGAAAGUAUCCAAGGUGUCGCCCAGCGGGAAAGGGUCUGGUCCUAGACAAGUAAUGAACCCCUCCGAGUUGCCCUCCGAUGCCCAACCACCUCUAUCUGAGCUGGAUCUUCCUAAGCCGCCUCCCGCGCCUGCUUCUGUACCGCUGCGGAGAAGUAGACGCUUACAAGGGAUAAGACCCGAAGCGUUUACGGAUCCCGCCGCGGUUGCUUCGACAGAUUCGGUCGACAGGCUCUUUACCGUGUUUUGCAUAUUAUGGGGUGAGAUGCUCUACUGCCACGGCUACCGGCUGCGGGCGAGCCUUCGGUGCCUGGUGUCAAUCGGCGUGGUGUACCCGCGUCUUGGGCAUCACGGCAAUGCCGAUAAAGCUCAGAACACGGCGAAACAGUGUCGUCGCGAUAAGUCCGGCCUUAACGAAGCCGCUGUACCAUCUUUAAUGUUUCUCGCUAUCUCAUGGAUAUCCGCUUGGUGGAGUCAAAGGAAUAAAGAUUGCGGUGGUGCCCGGACGGUACGGCGCGCCGUGGGGCGGACGACCCGUUCCUUGCCUUCCAUCUAA